AUGUCCGUUGUUGAUGUUGAUUCCUCAGACUCCGAAAGCGGUGACCAAUCGCCUUUGCCAGCACCUUCAGAUCACGCAAUGUUACACAAUCUCAAGCUAGCGAUCACUGGCAGGGCUUUCAGUUCCUGGACACCGUUCAUCAAACUGGCUGAGGACAAUGGGGCUACCAUUUUGACUGAAUUCAAAAUUUAUUGCUUGCAUCUGAUAUUUUUGUCCUUAGUACCUCCCAAUGAAACCGACCCUGCAACAUUUCAAAUUGAGAAGGUUCAAGCCGCCUGGAAAGCCAAGAAUAUCAAAGUUGUUUGGCAAGAGUGGUUGGAAGGCUUAUGGGUUCUUCACCCUGGAUUGGCCAUUUUGACACGGCCGCCUCAAACAGUCCCGGGCCUCCGCGCUCCUUGGCUAGCAAGACUCCGCAAAGCUCACCCACCCCGCUGUCCCGAGCCUACGUCUCCAAGGAGGGCCAGUCCAACCGGUCCCCUUCUCAGAUUUGUCUCCAGGCAGCCAGCAGGCUCCGGAAUAUUGAACACCCAUCGGCCCCUGCUCAACGCCUUCUUGAACGGCUCCCAACGCGGGAUUGGCAAGAUCACCUCCGGUAAGGAUGAGAUGAUGGCCAAAGAGCUUGGAAGGUGUCACAUCAAGCAGAUGAAUUGA